UCAAAUACCAAAAUCAGGUCGUGUUAUAUUAGGAACUUCACAGAGAUCAGUGUUCGGGAGCUCUUGAUAAUGGCGUACCCACCGCAGUUUCACAUGGCUCUCUCCUCCCCUCCCGCCUCCUCUCCACCAAACCUACCUCUUCCGACUAUGCCGGAGAUCAUUGAUUCCUCCCGGUCCCAAGGCCUCUGUCUCCGCCUCCACACCCUCGGUCCAUUCUUCCGCGUAACAGCCGAAGGACUCACCGGAACAGAGCUCGGUAAAGCUGAGGGCUUUAUCCAUCCAUGGUUUGGCGGAAAGGUUCUCCACCUCGACUCCAUACGCAUGAAGAGGGAGACGCUCGCCAUGAAAAGGUCCAUCUUUGGCCUCGGACUCUUCGUCGGCGCUGUGGCCAUUCGCCAUGGCUUCGACUGCGGUUGCCGCCGGGCCGAGCUCCUUGCCAUUAAUGAUACUCCGGCGUUCCACUCUAGACUGGUACGUUUCUAUACAAGGAUGGGUUUCAGGGCGGUGCACGAAGUGGAUGGUUCGUCGAUGGUGGACCUGGCUCACAUGUUGGUAUGGGGAGGACGAGGAACUCGGAUGGAUGCGGAUAUCGAAAAUCUUUUGAGGAAAUGGAAGACUAUCUUGUGUUGCAACAUUUCACUCCUGGUGGAUGCCAAUGGCUGGAUGGAGCCAUUGAAAGGGUGUGCUAAGGAGAGGAAGAAAAACUGCCAGACCGAGAAGGCUUAGAAGAAGAAAAAGGUGGCAGACAGCAUUCGCGAUAUGAUUCUGCUAAGGCCCUUUGUCAACUUCUCCAUUUCCCUUUUUUCCUUGUAUGAUAGGUGUCCUCUUCCAUUGUUGCUUUGUUCAACACGAUUGCUUCCAUAACCAUUUUUCCAUGGGGUUGCUGCCUUCAACAUAACCUUUUCUACUGCA